CAUGUACAACAAAAAUUGAAUGUAAUAAAUUGUAAUUAAUGUCAUAGAUUAAAGAAUAGUGAUGUCUCUCUGAUAGGAAUAUUAUUUUACAGUGCCUUUAUUCCUCACUACUCUCUGUGUAGUGGAGGAGUGUGUUUGUUUGGGGAAGGCUCAGGUAUUUCUCACCCAGAUGAGGAGAGUUGGGAGCCUGGGAGAUUCUGGUGAGGGACCAGGAGGUCUGUUGGUCUGUCUCAGCACAGGGGGGACCAGCAUCGCACGCAAGGAGGCAGAAUGCUUUGAGGACCACUGCAGCUCCUCAUUGAAACAGUGCUCUCUGCGUUCUCUAAAAACCCCUUGACUGAGCUAAUCCAAGAGAUCAGAGCUCUGUGUCUGUAAAGCACCUGGAAACCUGAGCAGGAGGCUGCUGGCCAUGGGAGCCUCCAGGGUGAAGGUAUGGGCUGUGUCAUUCAGCUCUGUGUUCCUGUUGUGUGUCCUGCAUGCUCAGGCCCAGCAAGAUUAUUCUGGUUUACAAUCAGGAGAAGAACACAUGUAUGAAGGCUCCUUAGUUGAUCGAUAUGAUGAACAUUCUGGAUACACUCACAGUGUUGAAUAUCCUGCAGAGUCCAAACGCAGCAAUGAAGAUGAGCACUCAGCAUCUGGCUUCGACCCCUAUGCGCCUGCAGCCACCCUGGUCACCAUGAUCACUGAGGAAACAUACCCGUAUGCCACAGCCGUGGAUUCUUUUGAUUACGCCAAAGAGGAUAAAACCUUAAUAACACAGGUGCCAUAUGGAGGAGAUGCUGAGCUGGGGCAGGAGGGACCCACCGAAUGCGACUGUGAAGCAGGAGAGCCGGGAUUUGGAGGCUUCGCUGGACCCAAGGGUUCUAGGGGUCUGCAAGGCAAACAGGGGUUCCCUGGGGUCCAAGGAAGGGAGGGUUACAAAGGAACCAAAGGAGUGAGAGGAAGAGGAGGAGACACCGGCCCUGAGGGCGACUCUGGGCCUGAUGGAGAGGACGGUGCAUCUGGUUUCUCUGGUGCAAUUGGUCUUCCCGGGUUACCAGGGGACCCAGGUGAAACUGGCCUAUCUGGAAUAAAGGGUGAUGUCGGAAUAGAGGGUCCUCGUGGAGGACUGGGUCUCCCUGGAAAGACUGGUCCUGUUGGCCCAAAAGGUAAAUCAGGAAAACCAGGAGGUAAAGGUGUUAAGGGUUCCGUUGGUAAAACAGGAAAACAGGGUCCUGAGGGACGACAGGGACAGAAGGGUCAGAUGGGAGCACCUGGAUUCUCAGGAGACCAUGGAGAGCAGGGUUACUUGGGUUAUACAGGAGUUCCAGGAGACCGUGGGGUGACAGGACCAAAGGGUGCUAAAGGUACAGGUGGCUUGCCAGGAAGUGAUGGGGAGCCGGGAGAAGAUGGUCCUCUAGGUGUACCAGGAGUUGUGGGGAUGCCCGGGCCUUUUGGACCCAAGGGUUUGAAAGGUGAUCGUGGUCUGAGGGGGCCAUCUGGAAGAGUAGGAAGUGUGGGUCCACAAGGAGACAGUGGGGAUGCAGGAGUUCCGGGGAAACCUGGGCCAAAAGGCUUGCCUGGGCCCACAGGUGCCAAAGGGGAAACAGGACCAGAUGGUGAAAAGGGGACACAAGGACGAAAAGGAGGGAAAGGUGCUAAAGGAGAUAAGGGAGAUGCUGGAUCUCGCGGUGACAAAGGCCAGCGUGGAGUGAAGGGUCGUUUCGGCCGCGACGGGCUUGUUGGUCCCAUUGGACCUCCAGGUCUUCCAGGUCCCAGAGGAGAUGAAGGACCUAGAGGAGACCUGGGAGGGAAAGGACAGAGUGGGCCGAAAGGAGAGCCAGGUGAACCUGGUCCAGGACUGACGGAUGAGCAGAUAUUGCAGCUGUGUCAAGGUGUGGUCACUGCUCAGAUCUCCCAGUAUGCUGCAUCUAUACGUGCCAAAUGCGUACAGGGCUGUCCGAUCAACAACCGUACCCUCAUCGGACCCCCAGGUGUCACAGGACCCUCAGGAAGUCCAGGCAAACCAGGUAAAGCAGGAAAGGCAGGUGCUAAAGGAGAAAGAGGCCCUCAAGGCAUGAAAGGUGUAGAGGGCCAGAAAGGAGCUCCAGGCGACAGAGGUACUAAAGGUCAGAAAGGACAGAGAGGUGAUGCUGGCAAAGGUCUUCCAGGGCAUGAUGGCCACCAAGGCCUCAGAGGACUGCCAGGCCAUCCAGCAGAACCUAAAGAUGGCCUUGAGGGGCCACAAGGACCUCGUGGGUUUCCCGGGCCUGUGGGUCAGCCUGGCAUGGCUGGUGAUGCAGGAAUACCUGGCGUGUGCGAGGCGCGAGACUGCAGCAUUCAUGCGCCUGUAGUGCGCAAAGAGAUGGGAUUGGUCAAAGGCCCCCUCAGCCAGGCCUGAUAACAGGAUAGAUUGUGAUUGACCUGGGACAGAAGGGCCUUUCCAGCAGAGACCAUGGGUGCCAUGGGUGCCUUUCUGCACCCAACCAUACUGUUGGAUGCAGACUGGAGUCAAGACAGACUGGAGUCAAGACUUGGAGAUCAAGUUUCUAUGGGUUUUGUUUUACUAGUUUGAUUCUUUGAAGGCCUCAAAUGAAACUACACAAAUGAAUACAACCAGCACUUUUGCUUUCAUUCAACAAUGUUUUGGUUUCAUUAUGUAUACAGUACAGACAUGUAAAUAAUUGUGUAAAGCAUCUUAAAUAUACAUCUACUGUGUCCUGAAAUAUCAUGUUUUAUUUUCUCUAAAAACAAUCCUUAAAUUAUUUAGACAAUGCAGUUAUUUUGCCCAGUAGCUUCAGGGAAAUAUUUCUUUCCCAUUUGAAUCAAGCUGAAUUAAAGAUAAUUUUUUUGUAAACAGUGUAUGAUUGAGUGACGUGACUGUAGAGAAACUACAAAAUUUUCUGAUCAGUGUUCAAGCCAUUAUCAAACAUUUUUGAAUGACUGUAAAAUCCAUUUAGGGAAAUACUUUCUCUGAUGUUGUAGUCCAUUCUGAUUAAUGUAUUGUGGACAAAAUGCAUUCGUUUAUAGAAAUAAUGUUUAUUCACAUCACUAAACAUUUAAUUAUCUGCAAAUUCUAUAAUCUUCAAUGUAAAAACGGACAGUUUCAAAUUCCUAAACACGUACAUUAAAGUAGUAUUGCUACAUA